AUGGCCCGCGCCCCGCCGGAAGCAUUCGCCGGAAGUGGCGCGCAUCGGUCCGACGCCUGCGGCGGCCGCCCAGCCGGAGUCUCGCCCUCGGCCGCCGCCGCCUCGAGGGCCCCGGCGGAACGCAGGGCGGCGUCCCAAGCGCUGCGUCCAAAGCAGGCGGGCCGGUGCCUGGCAGGGUGCGAGGACGCGGCCAUCCUGGAAGAUGUGGGUGCCGACAUCCUGAUGGAGGCCCUAGGCGCCCCGGGCUGCGAGUACCUCGCGGAGCCCCUGCGUCCGGACCGGAGCCUCAGGUGGAGCAGCCCCUCGGCCCUGCAGCUGAGCAGAGGGCAGCCGCUGCGGUCACGACCAGUAGGCGAAGGACGGGGCCCACGGUGUGGGUGAUGGUGAGCCACUCCGCUGCUCCGAGGCCGGGCCAAUGCCCGGACUCCGCUGCGGUUGAGGAGCGCCCCUUCCUGAGGCUGUGGGCAGUGCUCCUGCCGGCACCCACACCAGGCCUCUUGUGGGGCAGUCUUGCCAGGGCCUGGGUUUGGCCGUGGCCACCAGCCUCACAGCUGCUGGGGUGCACGCGACCGAGGCUGGAGAGCAGUUCCCUGAAUGUCCCCACAAGUGUUUCCUGGGGUGUGGGCCCCAGACUGGCCGGAGCCUCUGCGGGGUGUCAUCCACCUGCCCCUGGGGGAUGGGGAAUGGGGGGAAUAGCAGUUCCCCAGUCGUGAGGGGUUGGGCUUCCCAGCCUGCUGAACGGGAGAGGGGCUGCAUAGAGCAUGCCCCCCGGUGGGCGCUCUGGUUGGCCACCAGGGAUGUGGUGAGACGGGGAGCCCACUGAGCUCUUGGCCCGUGACAGACAGGGACACGGGGACCAGGGCUGCAGGCAGGCUGUGCGGCCCACUGACAGGCAACAGCCCAGCUCCUACCCGACUGGAGGAACAGGCAUGCCGCCAUGGCCUCUGCCAGUCCUGACCCCAGAGAGAGGAUGCAGGGUAGCCCUGGGAUAACUGGGAUGGGCAGAAGAGGAAACCCUUACCAGGAGGUGCCCAGCCAGCUGGAGGGGAUACGGGGAAUGGAGGACUGGUGUGUGCCCAAGGCCCAUGCAGGGGACAAACACUGGUCACUUGGAGGCAUGGAGGUGG